AUGACGAUGGGUUCGAACUCCAGCGGGCUGUCAGAAACCAAUAACACACCACCACCACCCGCCGGAGGUGAUGGCGGCGGCGGCGGCGGCGAUGAUAUCGGCGCCGGUUUAAAGAUCAAGGUUGAACACGGUUCCAUCACUCACGACGUCAGCGUGCCCCCCGAUUCCACCUUUGGAGAUUUGAAGAAGAUCAUCCCACAAAUAACUGGCAAGCUUCUGUUUAGAGGAAAAGAAAAAGAAGAUAGUGACCUGUUGCAGAUGGCUGGCGUCAAGGAUAAUUCUAAGAUAAUAUUUAUGGAGACGCCUGGUGAGAAAGUGAUGAAUGAACCUAUUCAAAUAUCAGGAGGAGCUGGAGCUGUUGCGAACGAACCUAUUCAAAUAUCAAAAGGAGGUGAAGCUGUUGCUCUAGUUAGAGCAGAAGUUGAUAAGCUUUCUGAACAGGUUUCUUCCCUGGAAGCAGUUAUAAAUGCUGGGAGUAAAGUAGAUGACAAACAAAUUGUUUAUGUGACGGAGAUGCUGAUGAGACAGUUGUUGAAAUUGGAUACCAUUGAGGCAGAAGGAGAAGGAAGAAUACAAAGAAAGCAGGAGGUACGUCGAGUUCAGGGCUUUGUCGAUGCGAUAGAUACGCUGAAGGCAAAAAACUCCAAUCCCUUCUUUGAUGGCAGCCAUACCGUACCAGCACCAACUCAUCCUGAGCCACCUGCUUCUGGCACCUCAAAUAUCAGUGCUCCAAAUUCAGCACAGCUUUCUACUAAAGUGACAGAAGACUGGGAACAAUUUGACUAG